AAUAUGUUGUUCAAAAUCAUCAUUUUAUUUUUCCUGCUCCUCCAGCUUUCUGAAGCCAAACCGGAAGCCCAGAGGCGCUGCGGCCGGUAUUUAAUUCGUUUUUUGGGGGAACUGUGUAAUGGUCCCUGCUCAGGAGUUUCAAGCGUUGACAUUGCCACAAUUGCCUGUGCAACCGCCGUCCCAAUCGAAGAUCUGAAGAAUAUGUGUUGCCCAAAUUUGUGAAUCCAAUACUUUCCAAUUUGCAAUUUUUUGUAUUUAUUUUAAUUGUAUUUUUUAUUUAAUUUUUCUACUUAAUCACAGAGUGAUUUUAAUCCCGUUUUUUCUAACCCCACAGUUUGUUGAAAAAAAUUAUUGAAAAAAUAAAUUAUUGUGUUACCAA